GUCUGCGUCCAUGAUUGGAAAAUGAAUGAGAAAAAUUCCAAACAAAUUUGAGUUUUAACAGAAAUCUCUGCAAAAACCAUUGGAGAACACGGAAAAAGCUGUAACAUUGGCAUUUAGAAGUGUAGAGAGUCACAAAUAAAAUGUCGUGGAACCAGAUAUCUGUCCCCCUCCCACCUUGUGCUACAGUACAAGUUGACCUAGAUAGGCUAAACAGAGGGAUGAUAGGCAAAGUUUGUGCAAAGCUACCAGAAUACCUUGAGACCAUUCUGAACCAGCAAUGUCUCUCCACUGAGAUGUUCAUACUCAACAAGCUCAUAUAUGUCGCCAACAACCAACUGAGGCAAGAGAAAUGCCUACAAGGACUCAAGAAGAUCCAUCGAUGUUUAAAACGGUGGUGCCACCUAUCAUUAAACAAGGAUCUGGACCAUUACUGUAAAGUGCUACCGAAAGCAGUGUUGGCAACAACGACAAAGCUCUAUAUACCUUCACUUAUCAUGACGGAGCAUAUCUUACUGAGACUUCAAGGCGCGUCAAAUCUGCUAGCUCGUGCUGCCACCUACUGCACAGAGACAUACCCAUUGUUCCUGCAGCUAAUGGAGAAUGACUAUCUCAUACCGAAGCAGUUGAUAUUUGUGAGCAUCGUCAGCAGAAUAUUCGCCCUCGUACGACUUUUGUUAAUUCAGACUGUCGAAGCUUAUCAAACAUUGCUACCUUUGAGGCUCGCGCUUCUGAAAUCCAACACCAUCAAAAAUCAGGAACAUGAUUUUCCUGAGAAUAUACUAGAAUCACUGGGUGCUGAUAUAGUAAACCUUGUCACGGCCAAACAGCACAUCAUCAACCGCAAGCUUUACAUGGUAGGAGUGGAAAAACUGAACAUCCAACGAUAUUUCGAUAUGUUCUCAACCAGCCAACAACCUGAGAAUGAAUCAAUUCACCAUGACGAAGAUGUUAUCAAUGAUGAACAAGACAAGGAUGAUAACAAUGAUGAUAUUGAAACAAAUGAGAAUAAUGAACAUGAAGCAUUAGAUACUUUAGACAUCGGUGAGAAAAUAACAAGAUCAGCAUUUAGAGAAGAAUGUGAAAAACCAGAUUUAAAUUUGAAGAAAAAGACAUUUAAAGAAAGCAAGAAAAGCAAGAAAGCCAAGAAAAAGGAGAGAAUUAUGCUUGAUAGUGUGACUUCCAUGAUGGAAGAAAGCCUCAAUGAAAUAUCACGAAAGGCAGUGAAGAGAAAACAUAUCAAUGAUGAUGAUGAUGACCAUAUUGGUGCAGUUAAACAAAAGAAGCAAAAACAUGAAGAACCCAUCAGAGAAAGUUCUAUGGACAAUACAUCCGGGACGCCCUAUUUGGAGACUCUAAACUUCAUAAAGAGGGUUAAUUCCUGCAAAGGAAAGAAAAAACUGGGUAAAACGGUGGCAAAAUUUAUCAAACGUCGACCUGAGCUUACGAAAGCUAGUGAUACUGAAGAUGGUGAAGGUCACAAGACGAUGAGGAAUAAAGCGAUUGCAUUGGCUAAUAUGGCAUUUAUUAAUGAAAAACAAAAUGAUGAACAACAUGGGAGUGAUACUAUAGUAAAACAUUUGAAUAGCUUAAUUACAGACAAAGACACAUGGCCGCAGGAAUUUCAGAAACAUUUUAACAGAAAGAAACAAUUAAUGGCUACAAUUCAGCCGUAUCUUAAAACAGUGUCAGAAGAUAUGAAUGAAAUUGUUGCUAAACGUGAUAACGGGAAAGUAACACAGGAUAAUUUCAACAUCACAAAUGCUUUGAUAAAACAAGUAUUCAUUCAUCAAAUUGUUGAUGAUCCAACUGUCAACAAAUUUUUCGACAGCCAGCAAUCAAAAUCACGAAAGGUGAAAAGUUCACAAAAGCUGAAAAAGCUGAGGAAAAGGGGGAAAAAAUAAAAAUUCCUUUUAAUCAUUUUUGCAUGUAACUUCUGGGGUUUUGGGAAGAGCUUUCUGUACAUCAACUCAAGAUGCCAAUUCCUUAAAGAUCUCUAUAUGGUGAUUGCUUAAGUUCAUUUCUAGCUAAAAAUUUCUUUUGAUAAGUUUAAAAUGGUCUCUCUUAUUUUGAUGUUGAUACUUAUAUUUUAAUAAUCAAAGCAAGUGUCAUUUUUGCAAUCCACCAAAAGGCUUCUGGACCCUUAACCAAACUUUACUCAUUUAGCACACAACUUGACCAUUUUAGAUAAAAUAAUGUACUUUUCAUUGUAAAUGAAACUUAUGCAUAAAACUUUGUAGGCCUAUUAGUUUUUAGUUUGACAAUAUCGUUGCUUGUAACCUACUGGACCCUUAACUAAACUUUACUGAUUAAAACAACUUGA